UCAGCUGUUCUGCGGUACAUCCGCCUGACUCGCGCGAGUGUGUUUAUAUGCAGACAGCAGAAUGGGUAGACCCGCGUGAAGCUUUGCAGACGAAUAAUUUCUCAAACCGCGAAGGAGCCGAAAAUCGCCUACUUGCACGUGAAGGAGCCGUCUGAGACAUGUAAAUGAUCUCUUACAGCUUUUGUUGUCAACAAUUCCUGAAACGACUGUAAAAAUGAUGAGUUGAGCGAUGGUCAGUCCAUGACACUGCAAGCAAGCGAUCUGGGCCAAGUAAACUGGAAGCGGUCAGUAGAUUGCUGCUCGCUGGAUCUGCACGAGAGCGAUAGAGCAACUUAAAGAUUAAUGGUUAGUGGACUGUGGUCUCCACUGUGAUCAGAUCUAUGAGGAGAACUAGGCGAGUCUAACAGACAUGCAGCACCCAAAUUUCGAAACACAACACCCGCUGCAACAGGACGAGCAGGAGACUGGUUAUGACCCUCUACAGAACUACAACAAAAACAGAGGCAGAGGAUCACUAGACAUUGCUGCUGAGUCCACAUUUCAGUCAUACAGCAAGGAGUGGGAUGACUUGUUCCAGAACAGUAACUACCUGGCACGGAUCAGGCAGGCAGGCAUUAAUGGACGAUUACGGAGCAGCCGAUUCCGCAGUGUAUGUUGGAAGCUUUAUCUGGACGUCCUACCUGAAGAUAAGACUCAAUGGAUCCGCAGAAUCAAGGAGCUCAGAGCACAGUAUGAGAAGAUCAAAGAGAUGCACAUUACAAACCCUCGCAAAGCUGCUGGCCAACAGGACCUGGUGGUGAACAACCCACUCUCACAGGAUGAAGGAAGUCUAUGGAACAAGUUCUUUCAGGAUAAGGAGCUAAGGGUUAUGAUCAAACAGGAUGUGUUACGAACGUUUCCAGAGAUGCUGUACUUCCAGGAAGAGGAUGUUAGGACGAAGCUGACUGAUAUUCUAUUCUGCUAUGCACGAGAGAAUGAGCAGCUGCUAUACAAACAGGGCAUGCAUGAGUUAUUGGCUCCUAUAGUGUUUGUUCUUCACUGUGAUCACCAGGCGUUUCAGCAUGCCAGUGAGACGGCCAAUCCCAGUGAAGAGAUGAAAGUCCUUCUUGAUCCUAAAUUCCAAGAGCAUGAUGCAUAUGCCAUGUUUUCUCAGCUCAUGGAGACAGCAGAACCCUGGUUCAGUAGUUUUGAGCGGGAAGUGAGAAAGGGUAAAGAGGAAAUGCUUACCAGCAUCCCCUUUGCGAGACCGCAGGACUCCGGCCCCUCUGUUGCCAUAGUGACCAAAGUCAACCGAAUUCAGGAUCAGCUAGUAAAGAAACAUGACAUUGAACUGUACAUGCACCUCAACAGACUAGAGAUAGCUCCCCAAAUCUAUGGCAUUCGCUGGGUUCGACUGCUAUUUGGUCGGGAGUUUCCUCUGCAGGAUCUGCUGGUCGUUUGGGAUGCUCUUUUUGCAGACAGCAUCACCUUGGACCUGGUGGACUAUGUGUUUGUUGCUAUGCUUCUGUACAUUAGAGAUGCAUUGAUCACUAGUAACUUCCAGACAUGUCUCGGCCUCCUGAUGCACUAUCCUCCAAUAGGAGACAUCCACUCACUGCUGCUAAAAGCAUUAUUCCUCAGAGACCCUAAGAAUAAUCCUCGGCCAGUGAACUAUCAGUUCCAGCAGAACCUUGACUACUACAAAACACGUGGGGCUGACCUGGUCAACAAGACUCGGGCCAGCACUAAAGCAGCACCCCUCAACAUUAAUAAAGUAUCCAGUUCUCUUCUCAAUUUCGGCCGAAAGCUCAUUGCUCCAAUGGGAGGUGGGCCCAGCGGGAUCUCACCAAUCAACAGUGAGGUGAUAUCAGCCCCACCCCCUCAAGUUCCAGUGCCACGCCUAUUGGCUGAGCCUCCGUCUUGCACCGCCCCCUCAAACACACAUGUGCAAUCGCAGACACACCCUCAAACGCAGCAUCAUCACCGACUGCUGAAGUCAGAGAGCAUGCCCGUGCACCUCAGCAAAGACGUAGGUCUUUGUGGAGCCUCUCAGAUAUCUCUCCCAGCCCAGAUUCACUCUGAUACCCCAGGCCACACCUCCAGGACAAUUAGCUCCUCCCCCAGCAGUGAGAGUUUGUCUAGUAGACGGGACCAUGCGAUGUCUUCCCCUCCUCUUCCUGUGUCUGGGGGGCGAGAGUCUAGCACAUCCUCUCCACCCUCCUCUGCCACAAAGAAAGACUCUUUCUUUAAUAUCAGUCGUUCACGGUCCCACAGUAAAACUAUAAACAAAGACACAGAGGAGCUGGAAGCCCAGGUGUCAUUCUUACAGGGUCAAAUUAACGAUCUUGAGGCCAUGAGUAAAUACUGCGCCAAGAUGAUGAAUAUGCACAUAGGUCAAAUUCAAGAUGUGAUACUUCAGGAGCAUCUGGAGAAGGAAGAUGAGGUUCUGGUGUCACUUGCCGGACUCAAACAGAUUAAAGACAUCCUGAAGGGGGCUCUCCGAUUCAACCAGAGCCAGCUGGAGUCAGAAGAGAAUGAAGAGAUCACAAUAGCUGAUGAUCACUACUGCUUUUCUCAGUACAGCACACUAAAGGACCAGAGUGAUCCAGACUGCUCUACAAACACAACUGAUUCUACAAACAGACCACAAAAUACUUCACAGCGCAACAACCUCCAGGAAGGAGAGAUAGUAGCAGAGGAAGAACAAGAGGACGAGAAGGCUGCUGAGGGCAGAAACUGGGACGACUACAUCCUGGUCCCGCAGGAUGGAGAGCCAGCUGAGAGUGAGGAGCAAAGCCUAAUCACCACAGCUCCACUCUUCAAGCAUGUGCAAGGCCUAAACAAGGCGGAUUUCCAAGACCCCUUGAUGGCAACCACAUCUGGGUCUUCCAGUCCAGAUGAUGGCAGCACUCACAGCAAGGACUCUGACUUCACUAUUGUUAAUCCUACUGACCUUUGAACAUUGACUCUCCCUAAAUAUGGCUGUACCCAUCUUCAACACUUAAUUAAUCUAGGGGGGAAAACUCUGCUGGUUGUUUGCACAUACUGUAUGAACUCAGGCUGAUUGCCUUAUGUGCCCCUAUGCCCUGAUACUGUAACCCUAAACCACAUAUAUUUCCUAAAUCUUGGACCUUUCGCUGUGUAUUUAUGUGUCCAGUACAUCCUAAGUCAAAACUGCUCCUUUCUGUGUGCCCUUAACAAGUAACUAUUGUUCUGUUACCUAAAUCUAGGAUCUAAAGCCAUUAAAACUGCCUCAGUUUACUCAGAUUCUUCAUGCUGUUGUUGAAGUGUUGGUCCUCACAUUCUCCUAGAUCAAUAUCCUGUAAAGUACUUUAACAGACACCAUCUGCCUCAGACAAAAGCUAUAUUCUGCUUGACUUCUCCCUCUAUCUCAGUCCUUUUGUCUGACGGUAGCGAUAAGGAUGAGACUGAUAGAUGCUUAAUCCAGCAGGAGAGAGCAUCUUAUUUUUCAUCAAUAUGGACUGAACCUCUCUCUCUCUCUCUCUCGUUUACUCACUCAUAAUUGAUUGUUCAUGAACCAGUGCCUGAAUAGUUGUCCAUUUUUUUUUUCUUCUUUUUAAAGAUCGAGAUUUUAGUCCAUAGGCCACAAUUUAGUCAUUUGUUAAAUUAUGGAUUUUUUUUAUUAUUAUUAUUAUUAUUAUUAUUUACUUGUCAUUUAUGUUUAAGACAAUGAUAUGUGACAUUUUUAUGUUCUAGUGUUUCUCUGGUGGUGUCAGGAGUCUCAUUUUGUCUCGAUUCCCGUGGUAACUGUGUAAUGUUUUGCACAUAACACGAGGGAUGUUCUAAUACUGAUAUCCUAUUAUCUCUGGAUGAAUAAAAAGCAUUAAUCUUGCCUAAUCCACAACUUUGUGCAUGGUGAGAUGUUUCUUCUUUUUAGCCAUUUUUCUGUUCACCAGAGAUACUUAUUGUGCUUUUGAGCUAUAUUCAUAACCUAGUAAUUAAUUAGUAGACAGUGGGUCAGCCUAGGUUUUGAGACACAUGUCCUAAAAUGCUGUCUUGGGGGACAUGCAGACUGAACCCCUACUUAUGCAAAAAAAAAAAAAAAAAAAAGUGUCACAGUGCGAAAGUACAUGGAUGUCUCGAGUAGGGAUGUGUAAUUGAUUAAUCGAGUACUUGUCCAGCUGUAAGUAUUCGACAAGUAAAAACACUUCUCGAAUAUUGCAAUUUGAUUUUCCUUUGCCUGCCAUGAGCAAUUGUGAAACUGCUUCUCUCACCAAAAUCUUGCCCUUACAACUCAAUGCAUU